AAAUUCGAGGACACAUCCUUCAUCCUUGAUAUUGUGUCCAUAUUCAGUGGACAAGGUGGCAGUCAGUUGACGUGCGCUUUGAGAUCACCGCCGAUGAUGGGUUGGAAGUUUGGAUAGAAAGCUGAGUGAAAACUUGCAGUAUAAACAAGUAAAGUGUUCAGAACCUCCUGCAGCAUACAAAGCCCCGGAAUAUGAGCUCGUCGGAAAUUCAGUCAAAUCCCACCUGUUUACGCUUGGAAUGACCGUACUGGAUGCGGCCUAUUCCAACACAGCAACGUACGGAGACCAGCUGCUGAGCAGCCACCUUAAGAGAGUUCUUGGAGCAGUGACGGAGGAUGACCAUGAUGCAAGGCCAGGGGUUCUCACGAUUAUUGCAGAGUGUGACCGAGCACUAAAGCGGGUGUCCUCGCAGGAGAUAUGUCGAGAUUUAGCCCGAUCUGCUGUUGAAGUUCAUUCGGACCAAGAGGCUGAAGUACCUCUGGACAAGAAGCAGUUGACAACAAGAGAGAAGAAAACGUCUGUACGAGAUACCAAGCCAAACAAAUACGAUAAAUAUUCCAAAACCGACUUUAACAACGUCUUCAAGCAGCGUUUACGCACUCACAUCCAGUCGUUAAGUUCAGUUGGAUCGUCGACGGACAUUGAAGUCAAUGAUGCCGACACUUGUUAUGCAGUCGAAUUCUCACACAAGUCGCGGAAGGAUAGUCCUCAUGUCCAAGAAGGGGAGAGCCAUAAAGAGGUUUGGAAGCGUCCAGUCAACGUCUGCAGUCCUUUGCCAAGCUUUAGUGAUUCUCUAGUCGAUGAGGUCUGUGAAAGUGACCUUCAAGAAUCGCCACAACCACUUCGGGAUUCCACGUAUUCCCUUUAUCGUAACGGUGUUUGUUCUGAUAUAAGCGGCAUUGUUGAGCUGAGUAAACGUGAUCAGGUAUCAAAUCUUAGUGCCGUCAAGAAAAAUGACCAAGUUGUGAAUUGUGAUUGGUUGAAGAGACCAGGAAACGUUAAUUCAGAACUUAGGGACCAUGAUCAUAGUGAGAUUAAAGAUAUAUGUGACAGCGAUGAUGAUUUGAGUAAAGAAGACGUAGACUCAUCAAGCGUAAGUCGCUCUGCGCAGAAAUAUGUUGGUGACCUUGACCAUGAAGAAGAGGACAGACUUAGCGCGUUUGAUGGAAGCGAGUUUUCAUCUUGUGAUGAAGAGGAAUUGUUGUUACUAGAAGCAUCUUUAGUUUAUGACGAUUUAGUGAGUGAAGAAUCAGAUUCUAAAAUGGCAUCACCGAAUCGUAAAGUUUCAAGAGCCUCAUCGGCUAAAAUGCCUGUGAUGGCGAAGUUGCGCGUUCCAGGGCCAGUACGAAUGGAAAGAACUGCUCGUAUGGAGAUUGGAAACUUGCCGCUAAGUGCAGGAUCAGUCACUUCACCUUUCUCGCCGACUAAUUCUCUUUCCCCUGGGGUGCGAAGUUCUGGGAGUGAGUCUAGCUAUGAGGCAGUUGGGGUAGGGCGUGCAUCUAGACCCGUACGGCGGACUGAACCUCGGUUAGUCAGAAGCCCAAGUUUGAACGGUGAUAUCACCUCUCCCCCAAGAAUGGGGUCACCAACUCGGGGAAAGUUAAUGGAAGUCAUGCCAAAACAAGUGUCAAAAUUAAGAGACAGAUCAUCUUUACAAAGAACGAAUUCUAUGAAAGACACUGUGAAUCAUUUGCUGAGGAAGUAUUCGUUCACAGGAAAGAAUCGACCAAAUAUCGCCAAAACUAGUCUUGCUUUGAAAGAGAGGAUGGCGGCUCACCGCCGACAGAAACAGACCGCAGUGCUUGUGGAGGAAGGAUCGACAAGGCCGAGGAUACGCAGCUCAAGCAGUGGGAGUAGGGAGCGACCAUUUCACAGGUCUGCUAGUGACAGCUCCAUUAAAAGUAAAGCAAAGACAGCUAGUAAUGUUUCUCAUUCAAGGCAAUCGAGUUUUGAGGGUCUUAGCAUAGGAGUGGUCUUACGUCGUAUUGGCUGCGGUCUUCCUGAGAGAGAACUGUGGGCUGUGUGUCGAGAAUGUGUCCUGACAGUCCUAGAUAUUCAGGCUGCACCAUGCAUCUCCAUGGAUACGGUGAUAAUCCAAGACAGCGGCCACAUUUCCUUCAUAGCGCUCCCUGAUAACUGCGACCUUGACCCAAUGUUUUUGGCACCGGAAGCCAUAUUGGGCGGUGGGCUCAAUGAGAAGACUAUCGUAUUUAGCAUAGCGGCGUUGUUAUGGUUAGCGGCUGAUUAUAACCUGAGUGAGAACCAGGAGCCUGAUUUCACGGAUACAUUUGAUGACCUGAUGAUGUCCAUGACACACGACGAGCCAGAGAUACGGCCAACACUGAUAGAAGUUCUGGAGAAAUGUGAUGCGGCUGAGAAUGAACGUCGUGAGCCGUCCCAUCAACUCUGCAGGAUUCUCCUCCGGGAUGCUCACAAUGCCAAAAACUAUGGGAGAAGUAAUUCGUUGGUGCAGGAGUUCAUGCAUGAGGAAGUUGAGCAGAAGAAGGAAAUAUCUCGUGCUGAACUGUUGGAGGACAUCAAACUUGUAGCCACUAACAAAACUUUGAAACCGGUCGGGGAAAGGAAGCUUGCUGAGAAGCCAAAAGUUGAAAAUCUUCACGAUCAGUUGAUGUCAGGCAUCAAGAAUGAAUAUUCAAGGCUUAAACCGCGUACCAAACCGGUGGAGAUGAGCGUGAGAGAAAUCUACAAGAGCAACCCGAAUCUGAUGCGUGGGCUGAAACGUGUGACUGUCAAAGCAAAUGAUCCAAACAAACCACAACAGUUAGCAGACGUGCUCUUGUCUCCUGGCCAAUCGUCUUCGGAUAGUCUCCUAUCGCCCAGCAAGAUUCGAGCGGAUUUACGUGCAGCAUUACAGUUGCUUGAUAAGAAAUCACUGACAGAAAAACAAGCAUUGAUUGUUGCCCAGUCCAGAGAAGAGACUGUUGAAGUUGAGGUGCCUCCAUUAGAACUUUGUGCAUCUGCUUCUGAGUGUCAUUCAGGGAAUUCCGCAGCCAAUGUUAGUGCUAUAAGUAAUGUGAUUGAUUCUCUUGAGACUGAUCUGCCAGAAACUGAUUUAGACUCACUUGUUGUGAAUCCGUCUGACACCAUGACGACUUUGCCAAAUGUAAACAGAGAGUCGUCUGUUCAACUGAAAGUGUCAUCAGUUGAUGUGAAACCUACGUCUUCUCCGCCGGAGUCGAGAAUUCCCAAGCCAAAAGUAUUCACGCGCAGGAAUAGUGACAGUGACGUGAAUUGUGAGCUUUUUAGUGAUAAAACAAAGAAAUCAGAGUGCCAGCGGCCUUCGAUUGUCAAGCCUAAACCUGUUGUAUCUUUAAAACCAAUGCAAAAAUCUGAAGAAAACUUACAGGAUAAGAGUCAAAUGUCAUAUGAAAUAAUGAACUUCUCUGGAGAAACAAUCGAUUUUCAAAGUGAACCUAGCCUUCCGAAAGCAUCAGAUUUGUCGGCGAGUUCUAACUCUGGUUUCACAGUAGUGUCUCCCUCUAGUGGUGCCCAUACGAAUUCAGGAUUCUCUGUUGUGUCGCCACAGGGUGGAUUCGUUAGUAGUUCUAAUUCAGGAUUUUCAAUCGUUUCCCCUCAGGCCGGUGCACAUCCCAAUUCAGGGGUUACUGUGUCUCCACAAGGUGGACUUGCAGCAAACUCAAACUCAGGAUUUUCUGCCGUGUCUAAAUCAAAGAACAGAAACGUGAAUGCACCUGUGCCAAAUAAACGCUCUGUGCCCGCUGGUUCGAUAGGAACCCAGGUGAAUAAUGAUUCGAAAGGCAAGGGGAAGGUUCCGAAAGCCUUUAUAUCUUCUGCAACACACUUUACUCCCAUUGUCCUUGCGGCAGAGUCUGAUUUUUUCAAACAAAAGGAAGCAGCAAAGCAGAGUUCCUCCACAAAGAAGGAGCCAGAGAAACUAUCCGGACAUUAUAAAAAGAACGACAAUGCUACAAAAGAUAGGAAUAAACUUGUCGCUGAAAAGUUGAAAGAGCUGAAGAAGCAGCUCUCUAAGAACCAACCACCGGCGCACAUGGUGGAUGACCUUGAAAAUGAGUCGUCGUUUGAAACUGGCCCUUCAGGGUCAAGGUCACAUCCAAAUUCUCGUGUGACUUCGCCAAUGGAGGUCAAAAAGUGUCUGUCACCUCCAGAGACAGAGUUGCGUGCUGCAGCUACCCGAGAAGUGCCUGUUCCAGCAGUGAGGCGUGCACCUAAAGAAAAGAGUCAACAGAAAGAGACUGUCAAGCCAAAAGUGAUUUCCCCUUGUGAUAAAGCAGAGGACAAACAAAAACCUUGUCAGAAUGCAUCGGGUGAAACUACUGCAUUCCCACGGCAAUCGGACAUUGAUUUUACUACAGUGGCUCACUUACAGGAUCCCAAAACUGGCAUCGUUUAUGCAAUGAUUCCGGUCACUAAACCAGUAUCGCCACAGCCGGAGAAACAACUGCCUUCAGGAACGAAAUCAGGCCGAGAGGUUCAGUCUAGUAAAGAUCACCACAAGCGCCACACCUCUACCAGUUCGGAUGAGGAAGAGAGCCCACGACACCAACCAAGGCGAAGACGGCCGGAGAGGAGACGGGUUGCAAAAACUGACAGUAAAGAAAAACACCAACAGAAGACCAUGGAUACAAAACCUGAGGUGAAGAGACGAAGCCGUAGCACUUGUAAGGAUUCGGCACCAUUAGCUGCUUCAGAGGAACCUAACAGACACGUCACCAGGGGGCGUCAUUCAUUCAAAUCUGACUCUAGCAGGUCGAGGAUUCCAUUACCACGGGAACGUGCAAAGAGUCAAGAAAGACUGACAGACAUUGGCCGUCAACGAGGUGAACGGUCCCAGUAUCCGCCUGUGUCGGGGAAAACGCGGCCAGAAUUCAAACGUUCGGUGUCGGAAAAGGAUUUGAAUUCUUUGCGCGUGUAUGGAGACAUUGAUAUCGGUACACCUGUUGGUGCAAGCACAGACUUUGAUAAUACUGAAAUCACGUUUUCUGCCAUUGAUACGCCAAAAGGAAAACCGCCAAAAAACGGGGUAGAUCCUCCGGAACAGGUAGUUCCGGCUUUGAAUUCAAGUUUUGAAGAUCACGAGGCGCAGUUUGAGUUGGAGGAAGUGGAGAUUGUGCCACAGCAGGAAGAAAUUGUCCAUGGUGCUAUGGCUGCUAUAUCGCCAAUUAUGCCUCCAUCUCCCUCGCCACCAUUAUCUAAAGACAGCGGAGUUAGUGGGCUUAUACUGAAGUCAAAUGGAGGCGCUGCGUACCCUUCGCUGAUGGAUCGACUAUUGAACAGCGAUGCCAUGCGACGACACGAGGUCCUCCGAAAAGUCGUCUUGCUCAUCCGGGAGGAGUUUGCCUUUGACGGCUACAUGGAGAAUGGCGUGGAGGAUUUGGCAAUGGCUGAGUGGUUGAUGAGUUUAUCCAACGUAUCCUGGGAGACAUUCUGCCGUGCUGUGUCUGAGAAAUAUUGUGAUUUCUACUGGUCGGAGGAGUUACUGUAUAGUCUCUAUGAUGGUAUCAAUGGGAAAUCUCCCUUUUCCAGGCUAAAUACCAACAAUGCGGCCGCACCGUCGCAUAUUGGACAAAAUUACAGGGUGCAACGUAUGGAAGAGCAACACUCAUCACAAGACUCCGGGCCCUCAAAUGAUGCAGCGAGCAGAGCGAUUCCUUCCAACACACUAAGCCAGAAAUCAGUUUAUACAAAAAAUAAAAAUCGGCGAUUCAUAUCGGAUACGUCUGAUUCUACGGAUACGGAAAUCUUGCGUACACGAAAACGGAGGGCGAGGAGAAAGAACAACUUGGAUAAGAAUAAGAGUUUGUCAGCAGGGAAUCUGUUAGAUGUUGGUGUGGAUACUGUGUGCAGUAGACCUUUACGUUCGAUGAGUCAAGAGGAUUUACUAGAUCAUGGCCCUAAAAGGAAAAGUAAAUUGACUCCUAGUCGGUUAAAAAAGGCUACAAGUCAAGACGAAUUAAGUAUGCCUAGGCGUAAAGAACCGUCAAAUGUCGUGAUGGACUCAACAGAUUAUUUUGUGCCUACGAACGUGAUUAUGCCAGAUUCUGUUUCCGAUAGCACAGAACCUACACCAACUCUGCCCCGUUUUAGAAUGAAAAUGACCGAAAGUGAAACUGAUAGCACAGCCACUAGUCAGGAAGUAAGCAAUUUCAAAGUGCCACGUCCAAUCGGUCAGGCACCAAUUUUACGCCGUGAAAGCUCGCACGAGUGGAGGAAGCCGGUGCGACGACACAGACCGAGUCGGGAUGAUAGCAUGUCGUCACAAAGUAGUACUGGUGGUGCUCCCCUGAGGCCGCCCUCUGCUGCUCUUACUGUAUCUAGUCAGGGCUCCAACCCGAUACCAGGGAGUGAUGUCCCCAGGCUUAACAAGACCAGCUUGAUGUGUUAUGCCACUGAGAUGCAGGGCCAGGUCCAUCCUGACAUCAAGUCAAUGGAAGACCAACUGCAGCUGCACCGUGCUCGAGGAGCUGUCGAGGCCAAGAUAGCGGAGAUCGACCAGCAGAUGAUGCUGGAGAACAAAAUGAGGCAGAAAUCGCAGAAGUUUCAUCGGAAGAUGAUGGAGAGUGGAAAAUCAUCAAAAGGAGGUGUGGAUCAAAGAAACAUAUUGAAUAAGGUGUCAAAGGAAAUCACAGAGAUGACCAGCAAGUUAGUCUUCCUUGAACUUGCUCGGCGCCAUCUUGAGAUGCUGUAUGCUGAGCAAUGGGGUAUCGACUACAGCCUCAUGUCUUCCCUUGUCACUGCCACGCUUCGAACAUCCCUCGACCUCAUGCCAAAAUCCUGGAUUGACUUAAUUCAAUACCAGAGUCAGAAAGGUCAAGACGGUUAUGUAGAGCAUCAGGUUUUGCAUGCGGGGACACCUACAGGAUUGACAGUCUACUUGUUUGCCAAGGAGAGUUUAUCAGGAGGUUUUAUCCACGAGUUCUUCUACUGUUAUCGAUACUUCACUACUGCUCGAGAAGUGCUUAACUUCAUCAUUGACAGAUACACGAUAGCAGUCAGUGACCCUCAACAGACAGACAACCAUCAGCGAAUCCAGCGCCGUGGGUUAGAUCUCCUACAGUACUGGGUGGAGGGAUUCUACAGCCUUGACUUCAAGUCCAAUCAGGAUCUGAUCAAAAUCCUGGAUGAUUUUGUGGAGGAUAAGAUGGUCAAAACCGAGAAGAGCACAGAAUCUUUCUUGCAUCUUUUGGAGGAAUGUCGUGAUGAUCGCCAUGAAGAUUUCAGCAAAGCAUUCGCUUCGAGGGUACAAGAUGGUAUGAAUAAUGACGCUGAACAGGCUUCUACAGAACCACAGCCAAAUAAAAAGUGGAAGCAAGUAUUUGGCAAAGGCAAGAACCAGAAAAACAAAGUGAUACUGUACUCCUCCAAGCAGAAGGUCCCGGAUGGCGAUGCAAACCUGCCUAACUUCUCGCGGCCAGGAGACUCUUUCUCGCUGACAGAUUUCUCCUCACAGAGGCUAGCAGAGCAGUUGACCCUGAUUGAACAGGCGUUAUUUAGGGAGACACACCCGGUAAUGUUCCUCAACUCAAAGGCUGUUGGAAUUGGGGUUGCGUCACUCAGCAGUACAGGCAUGAGGAAGUCCUCCUCAGCAGGACGCGUGAAGGUUUGGGACGGUCCGAUAGAGAAGUCACUGUUUGUUGGGAACGAGAGUCUACGAAAUUGCAUUCAGAAGAUGAUUGAACACGGUCACCGAUUGACACACUGGGUGGCUGCGGAGAUCCUCUGCUGCAGCUCAGCCAAGGUUCAGCUAAAUAUCUUGACCAAAUUCAUCUACACUGCCAAAAUGUGCCUGGAUAUGAGAAAUUAUGCGACGGCGAUAUCGAUCAUCGAUGCGUUGGAGAACUAUAUUGUGAGACAACUACCAGUCUGGAAGACGCUACCUUCCAAGUCUGUCAGUAUCAUGGAAGACCUGACCCAAGUCAAGGCUUAUCUGAAGAAAGACAACAUGUGUCUCGUACAAAGUCCAGAGGCUAAACUUGGUCCAACUAUUCCAUCUGUCCUGUUAUUCCUGCUGCAUGUUCAGCAGUUAGAGAUUGGUGGAUUCACUCUCGCUAAUGGCAUGUUCAAGUGGACAAAAAUGAGGUCCAUUGCCCGUGUCAUAGAUCAGCUGCGGAUCUUUAAGGACUAUUAUUACGAAUUCGAAUCAUCACCGGACCUCGAGGACACCAUCCAACAGCGCAUACAAGACUACAGGGAAUGUGACCUUCAUACGUUGGCUUCACAACAUGAAAUUAAUGUGACCAAACUACCAUCGAGUGGCAAGUUGCCGGAUGCAUUUAGGAGUUUGAAGAAAAAAUUCCAGGGGAAGAGUGACUUUUAGAUUAUUUUGUGGCUUGAUUCCCGACUGAGAGUAGAUUGUUGGAUCGGUGAGAUAAGUCUUCACAUAUAAGUUGUGAGGGUGUAUAUAAGUCCUGUAGUGUGUCAUAAGCUCAACUAAUUUUGCUGAUUGUGUGCAAUUGUGAGUCAACCAUGCAAUGUCCUGCAGGCCUGUUAGUAUCCAAUACUUUUCUGGCGGUAGACGGAGCAACAUGUUACCAAGAUCAUCAGAGCAUGAUAGAUAAUGGUCAUGAACAAUAUUACUUUGCCAGCUGUGCAAUUGUGAUGAGGAGUUGGAAUUAUAAAAGCUGAGACCAUGAGCUGUGGAUCGGUGCAUGGUACUCAGGUGUUAGGGGUUGAUUUUCUUUUUUGAUAUGUCCUAAGUAAUAAUGACUCUGACAAUAUUUGUAACCCAUUGAAUUUGAUAUUCCAUGUGUUGGAGUUAGUAAGUGGGAAUAGUGAGCAGAUGCAAACAUCUGUCCUCAUUUAUUGACAAGUGUGACUGAAGCACUUAUGUUUGUACAUUUUAUGAAUAUAAUUUUGCUGUUGAAUUUGUGCAUGGUCCAUUCAACACCGUCCAUAGUAACUUUGCUAUAUCAAUAAUAUUUAUUUUGAUUUUUUUGUAAUAUGUAUUUAUAGCACCAUGGUUUUU